GGCGGCGCCGCAGGGGGCGGGCGGACGGCCGGACAGACGAAACGCCUUGAGCCGCUGUUUUCUCCCGGACACCAGCGCUGAGGACACGAUGUCGGCGCUCUCUCGUCCGCUGCUUUGGGCCGCCACCUGCUUGGCCGCGCUCUGCGUGCUGUCCGCGGAUCAGAACGCCACCCUGGCCCCGAACGUGACUACACUCACGCCUCUAGCGCCCACCACCAAGAUAGCCCCGACGCCGGCGACCUCCGUCCCGCCGGCCACCUCUCCAGCACCAGAAACCUGUGAAAGUCACAACAGCUGCAUGUCCUGUCUUAAUGGUAGUAUUGCUAAUACUACCUGCUUUUGGAUAGAAUGUAAAGGAGAUAAGAGCUACUGUUCAGAUAAUUCAACACUUAGCAGUUGUCAUGUGAUGAACAGCACAGACUCUUGUUCUGUUGGAACACCCAGUCCAGUGCCAACAAAUUCUACAGGUACAACAAAUACCACUCUGACUCCAACCGCACAACCCACGCGGAAAUCUACCUUUGAUGCAGCCAGCUUCAUUGGAGGAAUUGUCCUUGUUUUGGGUGUGCAGGCUGUAAUUUUCUUUCUCUAUAAAUUCUGCAAAUCUAAAGAACGAAAUUACCACACUCUGUAAACAGACCCCUUAAAUUAAAAAGGACUGGCGAUUCAUUUGUGUAACUCACCGAAACCAAAAUAAUCUUUCAAGAUGUCCCACAUGGAAGACGCUAUUCCAGGAUCUUUAAAUUUCCAAUGGAUGCAUAUAGGAUAUUUUGGAGCAUCGUCCUUGAAGAAAAAAUCAGUUAAACCAUUUUGUUCAACAAGAAUAUUUAAAAUAUUCUGCAUGAAUCCUUGUGGCUGUCUUCUUUUAUUUUAAAUGGCUGCUGCUGUGGGAUUAUGUUUCUUUUCUUAACAUGCCAAAUGUAACUUUCUGUAAGUGAUGGAAAAUGUUGUCCUGUGUGACAACCUCAUGACUCUUGGCAGUUUAAAUUUAGUUGUUUUAAAGCCUGAAAGCUGCAUUAUUUUCAUCCUAACUCAAAAUGUAACUUAGUGACCACAAUUGAGAAGAGUGUGCCAAAUGAGCAUGAAUCAGGUGGAUUUUUGGCUAUCAUUUCAAAAGUGGAAUAAAUUUAUAAAUUUAGUAGACUAAACUGUAUCCUUAGAGUAAAGUUCUAUGCUUGAUAACAGUUAUUUUUUCUACAUUAGAAAUAAGAUGCCACACAGGGAAUUACAUUCCAGAUUUAAAGAAAUGAAUGGAAAGGAUACAAACAAUUAGUGUAUAACAGGUUAUUGUUCAUACUUGUAAAGCACCUUAUAUUGAGAAAAUAAAGAACAGUGCCUUAAAAGACAGACUGGAAAGGUAGGCUGUAACUUU